UAGAGAAAAGAACACUACGUUCACUCUAUUGCUCUAUUACAAAGUCAAGAAAUGAUGAAGAACAUUGAAAAAUCAAGCAUAAAAAUUUUUUAGAACUUUAUUUUACUUAUUUAUUUGAUAACGAACUAUGCCGUGUUCACAAAAGAAACGCGAAACUAUUAUGCCAGUUAAAACUCUUGACGUCAUAUUUCGGCGUCGUUACGUGCCGAACACACAACACUACUUCACAGAUCGGAAGUAUGCGAACGCGAAUACUGCAAGGGAGUUUUUGCAGCGUGGGAAUCAUUUUAAAGGGCCAAAAUCUUCGAAGCUAUUAUCCUACAUCAAGUAUAGUGAUAGAAAGGUUAAGGUAACAGCUCGAGAGAGAAGUUCGCUGCCAUUGCAUUUAAAAGGUAGUUCAAAAAUUGCAGCCAUGAGAGACUUAACGCAGCGCCUCUUCAUCAAGGAACCUCCAGAUGAAGUGAAGGCUAUUGUUGAAGUCGAUCCAGAGUUUUAUUCUGUAAUAGAAGGCAGACCGCUUCGUAAAUUUGAUGAUAUAACGUUAUAUAUGAAUAAAAUAAGAAGUUAUGCCAUGAUUCGACAGCAAAUUGGGUAUAGAGAAGACUUGGUUCUAAGUAUUAGUAAGAGCAUUACUGAAGAAAAAGACAGUUAUGAAAAACUAUGUCAACAGUACAAAAAACAAGUAAAACAUUUUCAAAGAUUUCUGACUGACGACUAUAGAAAAUCUACUAUGAUAGUAGCACACUCUGAGAAAAUACACCAACUUUUACUAGACAAAGAAAUAGAAUAUAUUAGCUACGUUUCUAAAACGACUAUUUUAAGGAAUAUCCUAUUUAAACUUGAUGCAAUACGAGGUAUCCUUAAAACGUAUCGUUCUUUUUUAAUGUUUAUUGCUCCCUUACCCUGGAGGCGCCAAAAUGACGAAAUAUUAAUGGCACACGAUCGGAACACAUCUUUAAAAUACGACUCUGGACAUUUUGAAACUAUAGAGUUAGACGUGCUAGAUAUAGAUAAUAUGAUAGAGUGGGCUACUGCUGAACUAAAAGAUCCGCCUAAGAAUAUAAUAUAUUUUAAUGAUCCACAAGAAGUUAUAAAUAUCUUCAGCAACAUUCAAUUGCAAAGCCGUGAGUACUUAAUGAUGCUUUGUACAACAGAUGGACUUCACCAUCAGCUGCAAUCGAACAUAAAGAUUCUCAAACAGGAAUUGGAAGAUAAAAUUGUAAUGUUUCAACACUAUAUCAAUGAUAAAAACGAAUUACUAUCAGAACAAGAAGAAAUGGAACAAUUUCUGCAGUUGAAGUUCUUCCGCAUACUAUACGGCUUUUUCUACGAUACUGUAGCUAGUCCAGAAACUUUGAAACUAAAAUUAUGCAUUGAGUUUGUAUACGAACAAGUAUUUAAGAAAUGUGAAGAGGGGCAUCAGAGUUUGCGAGAUACGAUGAAAGUAUUAGAGCUCCUUUAUGAAGACUACUGUUUGCGGCUAGACAGUUUAGAUUUUAAAACGGUCAAAAAAGCUCAAGCAGAGCUUUACGCACAAGAUUUAAAGCUUAUGAGGAAAGCCUACAAAGCCGAACGAGAACUUAAAGCUUUUAGGGAAAUGACCAAUGCAUUAAAUAAAGCAUUUCAGCCACCUGAUAAGUAUAAACAACCUGAGUAUAAAAAUCUAACACAUAUGAAGCCGGCACUUGCUCCGGUUAGUAACGAAGCAGAUCGGAAAAAAUCCAGUAAUUUGACCGCGGUGGAACGUGAAAAUUUGAUACUAUUUACAGAGUGGUGUGAAGGUAUGGAUCCUGAGCCUUAUCUAGAGCAAUAUAAUAUGUAUGUGAAACCAACUUUUGAAAAGCUAUCAGAGGAAAAGUCUUAUGUCUGAGAUGUAUAAUAUUGAUUAUUGAUUGUUGUAGUCACUUCAUAAAAUUUAUUGCCAUAGUUAUCAGGUGGAUUGCUAAUUUAUAGUUAAAACAUUUUGAUUAAUUAUUUAUAAUUAUAUAGUUUUUUUUUCAUUAAGUUUUUUUGUAAGAUUAUAAUUACAAUCUUUAUAUAACAUUUAGUA